UCAAUUCCUUUUACUCGUGUUCUGUGUGUGAACAGUAAUCAGAAUUUCAUUUUAUUUUAUUUGACAAAUAAAAUUUGAAAAGACCAUCAUGGCCAUAGAGGACAAGGCUAAGGGGUCUGCUGAAGGCGGGGAGAUGUCUGCGAAGUCUGAGCCAAGAGGGGAAGAACAGAAACCCCUGACUGAGGAAGACCUCGUGGACACUGCCCUGAAAGCAGCAGAAAAAGCUGUUGUAGAUGCAGCUCGGGAAGUAGAGAGAUUAAAGAGGGAGAAGGCAGAGGCUGUUAAGAGAGGGGAAGCAGCAACCAGAAGAUCUGAGCUGCUGGACACUGUUGCCAAGGUCCCUGCUGACGCCCGCGUGGCUGAUGUCACGCAGAAUCUUGCAGAACUGGUACUGCUGGAAUCCGCACAGAACCGGGAUGUUUUCACAUCCUCGGAUGAACGGAUCUCAGCAGUUGAGUCCCAGCUGUCAUCUAUUGACAGCAAGCUGGGAAAGUUGUCAGCAGCGUUCUUUCGGCAUUUCCCUCYUACUCCUGUACCCUCUCCUCGCUCUAAUGUCCCUCCGCCUCUUAGCCCUCCUCCGACAUCCACCCCACAAUCAUCCCGCCCUGGCUCUCCCAAGCCUCCCCUGCCUCCUCCAAAGGAGAAGGUGGCGCAGGUCUCCGGGACUGUACCCACAGGGGGACUGAGUUCCAACACUGUGCAGACGGAACUGCGAUUUCCCAAGAUGGCCCGGCUUGAGAAGUUCACUGGGAAAGACCCCAAAGUGGACGUCUCAGACUGGAUAGCCCAGAUGAGGUCUUACCUCAGGGGCUAUACCUGUCCAGAGGCGGACAAGGUACGUGCCACGGGGGCCCUCCUGGCAGGGGCCGCACUAAAAUGGGCAACUUUGGAGGCCAGCAAGGCUCAAAAGCAGCUGGAUGAUUGGAUUGCUGUCAUUGGGCUGGAUGUCAUCUUUCAGGGUCUGGAAACCAGGUUUGCAGAUAAGGAAAAGGCCCGCAAAGCAAAUGAUGAGCUUGURAGACUAGGCCAAAGUAAGUGKCGUGGAUCACUCUCCAAGCUCUAUGCAGAGUGGGAGAAACUAACCUCCACACCUGGUUUGGAAAUGUCUGAGCAGGAUAAGUUGACAUGGUUUGUCAGGGCUGCUCCAGAGACAUAUGCCAAGGCCCUGUUUASUGCAGGCCACAAAGACUGGAGGUCUUUUGGCAGGGCAGCGCUGGACAUGGAGGCCACACUCCAUYUCCAGACCUCUUCCCAAAAGGGAAGCACCUCCUCUUCCCAGAACAGGAGAAAGGGAAAGGGAGGAUUGUAUGCUGCAGGAUCUGAUGAUGACUCUGCAGGCUCUGACCAGGGAGGAUCUGUUCCCUCAGCUGGUCUAGAUGCAGGAGCCACACCAGAUCAGGCUGCCCUGUUGCUGGGUCAGACUCUGGUGAGCCUGAUGAAAGGCAAAAAUGCAAGUCAUUAUGGUGUAGGGGCUGUCCUUCAGCAAGAUGAUGGGUCUGGCCUUAAGCCUGUGGAGUUCAUGAGUAAGAAAAUCAAGGCACAAAAAGUUCAGGCAUCUACUUAUGAGAAAGAAUUGUUUGCCCUUGUGUGUGCCCUCAAACAAUGGAAGCACUUCUUACUGGGAAGACACUUCAAAGUCUACUCUGACCAUUCGACUUUGCAGUGGAUGAAGACCCAGGGGGAGCUGAAUGACAAGUUGGCGAGGUAUAUUCAAUUCAUUGAUUCCUUUGACUUCGAACUGAAACACAAAAAGGGAUGCUAUAAUAGAGUAGCUGAUGCUCUUUCUCACAGGCCUGAUACCUUUGCUGCUAUUGUUCAUACUUACUCAUUUGGAGACUCCACACGCCACGCUAUUAUUGAUGCGUUGCCUCAGGACCCUGUCUUUGGCCCUAUUGUUAGGAAUCUGCAGGUGGAUCCAAAUUCUGAGUCAAGCUAUGCCUUGACUUCAGAUCUCCUAUACACCAUCAGUGAAGGAGAAGAACGCUUAUGCAUUCCUAAUGAUCGCAGAAUCAUAACUCAUCUGAUUUCAGAGAGUCAUGAUGCUCGAGGUCAUUUUGGGUUCCUAAAGACUUAUGCUGCCCUGACCCAACGCUUUUAUUGGUCAAGGAUGAAGGAGGAUAUUCUCAAGUACUUAGAGACUUGCGAGUUAUGCCAAAGGAACAAGGUCCACAGACGACCUCCUAUGGGGCUACUCAAACCAUUGCCUAUUCCAGAUGGCCCAGGCGAGUCAGUGUCUAUUGACUUUACUGAUUUGGGCAAGACCACCCCUCGUGGCAUGAGGCAGGUAAUGGUAUGUAUUGAUCGUUUCUCUAAGUUUGCCAAGUUUAUUCCCUUACCUGCUGAGGCCAAAGUUCUUCUGGUAAGAGAGUUGUUUGUUGAGAGGUGGGUUAAUGUCCAUGGGUGCCCAACCUCUAUUGUCAGUGACAGAGACCCCAGGUUUUGCAGCGAUGAAUGGCAGUCUUUCUGUAAAGACUAYCUCCAUUCCAGRCUAGACAUGACUUCUGGCAGACAUCCUGAAGCCAAUGGACAGGCUGAAGUAAUGAACCAAGUCUUGUUUCAGCUGCUGCGUCCUGUGAUCACACCUGAUCAACAGGACURGGACAAACAUCUSUCAAGGGCUCAACUUAUGURUAAUACUUCCGUUCACARCACUACAGGCUUUACACCCUAUAGGCUUCACUUUGCCAGGGACCCAAGACAACCUCUUGACGAUCUCAUUGACAAAACUAAGCCUAAACUAACUCCUGGGACUGCAGAGUUCACCAAGAGUUAUGAGAAAGACCUAGAGAAAGCCAGAACAAACAUGUUCAAGGCUCAGAAAAAAAUGAUAGAGCAGGCUAACAAGCAUCGCUCUCCCUCUCCUAUUCGGCCUGGCCACUGGGUCUGGGUGAAAAGGUCGGAGUUGACUGAUGAACAGGACAUAUCACGGAAGUUGUUGCCUGUGUACUACGGCCCAUGGCAGGUACUUGAUACUGUGGGAGCAGACCCUUUUGGGCCUUCUUAUGUACUUGUUGUACCCUCAAAUAUCAGGACCUACCCUGUCUUCCAUGCCUCAAAACUGCUGCCUUUCACUCCUGCUGACGCGUUUCCUGAUCGGCCACCGCAGUUUGGACCUCCUAUCCCUGGAAAGGGAUAUGAAGUUGAGAGCAUUGAAGAUCAAUGUGGCAUUGGCCCCAACUGUGAAUAUCUUGUCAAGUUCCUCUUCCAACCUCAUACUGAGGACCGUUGGUUUACAAGAAAGGAACUUCUCAAGUCUGCUAAUUCAGUUGUGCGGUUCUACGAGGCUGAACAAAGUGGGAAAUUACUCAGGCGGUCUCCUCGUGGACACUCCUAGCUCGGGGUCCUGGCUCCCCGGGAGGGUAGGAAUGCAAUGAAUUGCAGUGUUACAA